CCGCCAGAAGACCCAUUCUUUAAGUACUUGGCCUUCGAAGAGCACCACGAUCGCGAGUUGGCAGCAGGAAAAGGAUCAACGUAACGAGCAAAAACGGGGAACCCACGAUAAAAAUCAAGAGAACUGCAAACCUGUUCGCCUAUGUUCCUUAUCCACCCCCACCCAAAGAGUUGUUUUAGUUAAGCACGAGCAAGAAUAUAUACUUCUUCGUAGAUCGUGCGGAGAAAUUGUACAUUCCGGACGUACGCGUCGUUUCCUGCAUCGUUAUCCAACCGGCGUUAACAGAAUAAAACAUGUUAUUCGAUUUUUUGGUAGUUCUAUUUAACUUUAUUUUGUUCGUCACCAUGGUCAACUGUAAUUUGGAUUUACAACUGUUACACGUGGUGUUUCGACACGGUGAUAAGGUACCACAGCGGGAAUAUCAAAACUAUCCUAACGAUCCUUAUCGCGACUACUCGUACCAUCCAAUGGGUGAUGGAGAUUUAACGAACCGAGGCAAGCUGCGAGAAUACAGGAUUGGGACGAUGCUCCGUGAACGUUACGAUCAAUAUUUCGGGCCAGAUUACUGGCCAGAGAAGAUCUAUGCCCAAUCGACUCAUAUUCCAAGAACUCAGUUGUCUCUGGAGCUAGUUCUAGCUGGAUUAUUCCCACCCUCGGAGAAGCAAACCUGGAAUCCGAAUCUACCUUGGAUUCCGGUAUUCUCGUUCUUCGAGCCUUAUGAGACUGACAAUCUUCUAUUUCCGCAUCAUUGCCCCAGAUACAGAGAAGAAUACAGUAAAUUUCUGCGACAAAGCAAAGCGCGGGAUUUAAUGAGCAAGUAUAAACCUAUAAUGAAUUAUUUGACCCAGAGGACCGGGAAGGCCAUCAACACGACAUCCGCUGUUACUUAUCUUUAUAAUUUGUUAAAAGAACAGGCAUCUCAAAACCUGACUCUGCCAGAAUGGACCAAAUCAGUUUAUCCUACUCCGAUGAAGGAGAUAAUCGCGUUAGACUUUAGACUCAGAUCAUACACAAGAACGCUGAAGCGUUUGAAUGGAGGUUUGUUAAUACGUAAAAUGGUAGAAGAUAUUAAGACAUACAAAGCGGGCAAAUUAGAACCGUACGAUAGAAAAGCAUUCCUUUUCUCAGCGCACGAAAUGAACGUCGCUGCAGUUGCGAGAGCUUUGGAAUUGGACGAACCCAUUGUUCCUGCAUACGGUGCUACUCUCAUUCUGGAAACGCUACGCGAUAAGAAAGGGAAUUAUUACGUUCGGGUUUUACACUGGACUGGAGUUUCCGAGCAGCUUAUGAUCGAAACGAUUCCUGGUUGCACAGAACUAUGUCCCUUAGAAAACUUUUUUGCCAUCGUAAAGGAUGUGUUACCAAGCGACGAUGAAUAUCAUUGUCACCCUACUGAGAAUAUAAAAAUGUCAAGCAAUAGCGAACAAGUAUAUACCUCAGGCUCGAGUUUAGCUGUAGGAAAAACCUGGUAUUACGUAAUAUCUUCUUUGUUCCUUACUAUUUCAAUUCUACGUAAUGCUAUCGUUAAUGUUUAUCAUUAAUUUUACGAAGGUAGAUCAAGGAUUGCAAUAAUAUUGUUAGCGUUUGGAAAAUGUUGAUAUGAUGUUUUGCGUCUUUGAAUUGAGAUAGCUAGUAAAAGUACUUGAAUACUGCUAAGAGAGAUUUAUGUUUGUAUUAGUAGAUUCUUUUAAUAUCAGUAUCAUAAGAUGUUGCUAUUAGAAUAGUAAUACUUAUAUGUAGAUGCUCCAUAAAGUAUUAAAUUAAACAAUUGCAAUAUUGUUGUAAUCUCUAGUCAAGAUUAUUAACACUACAAUCAUAUAGAUAUCUUUUCCUUCUUCAUUAAGGUGUAUUAAAAAUUCUUGUUUAUGUUAUUUGUAUAUAGCUAUAUAUAAAUAUGUUGGAGUCAGGUUGGCA